AAAUGUUGAAUAUCAGACUACCUCCUCUUCCAACUAUUAAAGAUAUCAUAAAGUUAUAUAAAUUAUCCGCCUUGAAACAUUUGUCGCAAAACUUUUUAUUGGACGAAAGACUCAUUGAUAAAAUUAUCAAGAAAGCUGGAAAUCUUAAUGGAAGUCAUGUAGUUGAAGUAGGACCUGGUCCAGGUGGAUUGACAAGAUCUAUAAUAAGAAAAGGUCCUAAAAAGUUAAUAGUUGUGGAAAAAGAUAGAAGAUUUAAACCGACAUUAGAUAUGCUAGCGGAUUCUUUCAAUUGUGUACACGGUGAAAUGGAUAUUAUAUACGACGAUAUCAGAAAUUUAAAUAUGAAUAAUAUAUUUCCUAUGGAAGAGAAAAAGGAAUGGAUAGAUCAAGUUCCAAAUAUUCAUUUAAUUGGUAAUUUACCAUUUAAUGUUUCGACUAUUUUAAUAAUUGAAUGGCUUAAAAAAAUAUCGGAACAUAGUGGUCCGUGGACAUACGGUAGGGUAAAAAUGUUAUUAACGUUUCAAAAAGAAGUAGCAGAACGUUUGGUAGCUGAACCGUUUGAUAAACAACGAUGUAGAUUGUCAGUGAUGGCACAAGCAUGGACUCAACCUUUUCUCUGUACUAUUAUUCCAGGAAAAGCUUUCCUCCCAAAACCGGAUGUAGACGUAGGAGUUGUAGCCUUUGUACCAUUGGAACAACCACGUACGAAGCAUGAAUUCAAUAUUUUUGAGAAAGUUACAAGACACAUUUUUAAUUCUCGACAAAAAUACAGCAUUAAAUGUGUCGGAAAACUUUUUCCAGAAUAUUGUAGACAAGAAUUUUCUAAUUUGGUAUAUAAAUUAAGUGAUCUAGAUCCAACGUUAAAACCGACACAACUUACUGUCGAGGAUAUUGAUAAAAUAACAACCGCUUACAAAUAUGUGAUAGAAAAACAUCCUGAGAUAAGCAUGUAUGAUCAUCGUGCAUCGCAUCGAAUAAUUAACAAAAAAUAUACCCAAUUAAUUUCUGUCGAUGAAAUUAUAGAAUGACAAGCACAACUUGUAUAUGAAGUGUAAUUGGAUUAGAAAAAAGGAUUCCUAUAUUUUACCAUUGUUUUAUUUUAUUUAGUCGGAAGAUGUAGUUUAUUACAAUCGUUUUAUAAUUUCAAUUAAAAGAGCGUACGUGUAUAAAUAUACACUUAUAUACAUGAGUAUGGCUUAGCGUUUAAAUAAAACUAUAGUACAAUGUACAA